AUGGCGAUCUCGCUGCUAUCGUCGACACAAAGAACGCCGAGCUAUUUCGAGGUGUUAGAUGAGCUCGAUCUCCCUUCUCCAAUCUACCUCGUAAAGCUUCAAGAUGAAUCCACCUAUAACAGGCUGCUACACACUAUUUCCAUCUACCAGAAAAUCUUCACUUCAAACACCCAAUCUCCCUUAAUCAACACUAUCUUUGGCCUGUCCAAGCCUACAUUUUGCCAGACUCCACCUGCGCUCUACCUCGACAAGUCACUCAACGAUUCUCAAAAGCGCGCCGUCGAUCGGUGCAUCUCUGCCGAUCAUCUAUCCCUUAUCCACGGCCCGCCAGGAACUGGAAAGUCGUACACGCUAAUCGAAAUUAUUCGUCAGCUAAUAACUCAAAAUAAGCGCAUUUUAGUUUGCGGUGCUUCCAAUUUGGCUGUAGACAACAUCCUCGAGCGCCUCUCCGCACACAACAUCCCCGUCACCAGACUCGGUCACCCCGCACGCAUCCUGCACUCUCUCCAACCACACACCCUCGAGUAUCAGACCUCCCACUCGCACCAGAAUGAUAUCGUCAAUGACGUCAAGAAGGAGCUCGAGGACUUGAUGAAAGACUUAAAAGACGGCCGUAUUAAAGGCAAGCUCAAGCGGAAGAAUGCGUGGAAUGAAGUUAGGGAAUUGAGGAAGGAGCAUCGCAAGCGAUCUGCUGGGGUGCUCAACAACCUCAUCACUCGCGCUCAAGUAGUACUGUGUACCCUGCACGGCGCAGGCGGACGUCAGCUGCACAACAAACAUUUUGAUGUGUGUAUCAUAGACGAGUCCACACAGGCACUUGAACCUAGCUGUCUUAUCCCUGUCCUCAAAGCCAAUAAACUGAUUCUAGCAGGCGACCCCCUCCAGCUACCACCCACCGUACUCGCCCAGCCGGGCAAGAAGAAGAAGGAGGUACCCAAGAUAAUACCCAAAGAUGGCGCGAAGAAGGCAGAGGAGGGUGCCAAUGGGGGAAAAGAUACACAAGAAGCAACUGCAGCACUCUCCAAAACAUCAAUCAGUAGCCAUUCUCCACCCACCCAACCUACCCUUAAACCACUAGCCUCGCUCAACCAAACCCUCUUCGAACGGUUAGUCGGAAUACACGGCAACAGGAUCAAGACGCUACUCAGCGAGCAAUACCGCAUGAACGAUCUUAUAAUGCGCUACCCGUCCGAAUCAAUGUAUGGGGGAGCGUUGACUGCACACUCGUCAGUAUCGCACCAUACGUUGCUCGAUCUGCCCAGUGUACAAGCGCACGAAGGAGCGCAUGACGAAAUAGAGCUCAAUUCACCCCUCGUCCUUUUAGACACCGAUGGUCUAGACUACAUGGAGCGCGUCGACUCGGAGGAGAUGAAGAAGGGCGAGGAGGAGGGCAGCAAGUACAACGAAAAUGAGGUCGAAGUGGUGCGCGAAAAGGUUGGACAGCUCGUCAGUCAAGGUGUCCUCGAUACCCAGAUCGCCAUCAUCACCCCUUAUCAAGCUCAAGUGGGACAUCUCAAAAACGCUCUGAGAGGUACAUACCCCGGUUGCGAGAUCGGCAGUGUCGAUGGCGUACAGGGACGCGAGGAGGAAGUAGUGAUCAUGUCGCUUGUGCGCUCGAAUGAUGCAGGCGAAGUAGGCUUUUUGAAGGAGGAACGCAGGUUGAAUGUGGCUAUGACCAGAGCUAAAAGGCAGCUGAUUGUCGUCGGGAAUAGCGCAACUAUCAGACGCGGGAGCACAUACCUGAAGAAGUGGAUGGACUUUUUGGAAGAGCACGCUGAUAUUCAGGUGCCUGAGUAA